GCCCAGAAAUAACACGUUUCCCGUUUCUCAUCUCAUCGACGAUUUCCGUUUCCCUUUUGGGUUCCCGUGCCGGGUUCCUCUGAAACCAAUCCCCAUCACGUGAUCUGGGAGCGUCUCCAAUACUUUCUGGGAAAUUCCUCAAAUCCCUCUUUUUUUCUCUCCCACGGCGCUCCCUCCCUUUUACGAGUUCCUUCCAAAAAAAAUCCCAAUUAAUUCCACCGAUGGAGGCCGGGCGGCGGAAGGCGGCGGUGGAGGCGUGGACGCCACCCUACUGCACGGUGGUGGGCGUGGACACGAGCUGCGGCUUCUGGUACCGCGCCUGCUCCAACUGCGAGAGGACCCUCCCCGACGACCCUCGCAACCCCAAUUCCAACCCUACCUGCCGCCUCUGCAGCCAGAAAACCUUCGCCGCUCCCUCCAAGCGCCUCUACCGCCUCCUCGUGUCGAUUGCGACGGUGGAUAAGGUGAUGGUGGUGGUGUGCUUCGACCGGGCGGCGCGAGUUCUGAUGGGGUGCUCCGCCGACGAGUUCGUGGACUUCUGUAGGGCCCACCCCUUGGCGGCGGAGAAGGCGGCGGAGAUGCUGGAGGGGGAGAUGUGCCGGAUGACGCUGGCUUCCUCCAAGAAGGGCAAUGCCGAGCACCUCCGCGUGGCCGCCGUGGAGCCGCUCCGGACUGGGUUCCGACCGGUCAUCGAGACGCUGAGGAAAAUGACUCGCACAAUACUAUUUGUCCAAGAGAAAGGCUCAGGCAAGAACAUGGGGAUGUAUUUUGGAAUUAUGCAUGAUGAUGUAAUGGUUGGAGGCUUGCAUGAAAUAUUUGGUGCAAUGUGAUAGUUACAGUCGAAGCACAAGUUGUAGAUUGGUUACAGCCGGGUUGGGUGACCACGAACCGAGCAUGGCGAAGAACAAGGCUUCUCUCAGUUCGAAUCUGAAGUGCCAUCACAUUCAAAGAACUAAUGGUAAAUCCAAUUAAACUUCUGUUUUUCUAUUCGAUCAUCAACAAAUCCGAAUGAUCUUAGCGCAUGAUACUUAACAAAUAUAUGUUAUCUUUGAUGCUUGUACUAGGUAAUAGAAAGCUUUUCGCUCGGUUACUAUGCAGCAAGAAAUUGCAUGCAAAGACAUUACUGUUAUUUAGUCACCCAAAAAAAAAA